UUCAUAUCACAGUGAACGCUCCGUGUGCGUACCGUGUCCGUCGAUUUCUAUUACCCACUCGCUGGCUUAUCGAGUACUCGAACACGUACCGACGAAUUAAUAUUUUUAUUAUUAUUAUACCGUUAACAAUAUUUAUUUAUUUUCUUUUAAUUAUCAUCGUUUUAUUUAAUUUUAUUGUUAUUAUUAUUUUGUCCAAUUUACAUAAAUAAUACGUAUACGUUCGCGUACCAGUGUCCAUUGUACAUCGGUUGUUCUACUAUGUAGUGCGCGUUUAUCUAAAUUUUUUUUUUUUUUUUUACUUUUAAUCUCGCUGUGUUGUUAUUGUAUCGGUUGAAUUCGAUAUUAAUAUUUUCGUGUGCACAUCUACAUACGAUACCGCCGCUUCUUGGAUAAACGACGAGACCUUCGAGUCCACAACACACAUAUUACGAAUAAUUUAAUAAUCAAGCGCGAAAAAAUGUACUCCAAAGAAAAGUGGAAAUCGAUUUAUUUGAACGAGCAAUGAAGAACGAACACGACUCUUCACUUAAGUUAUUGAAAGAGUGCGGGUUCAAAACUCUUUCAUAAUAAUCCAGACUUUUCCAAAACCGGUUCCACCUGGUCUAUUUCCACCCUAUUUUGUUGCGGAUGCUGGCCGAACAACGGCUACUUCAAGUUCAGGGAUGCCUUUCAUGGACGAUGUGCUGCUCUGGUGCCCAGAGGCCGAAACUAAAAUUGAUGAUUUUACUGAAUGUCUAGGCAACGAAGUAUCUAAUCUUGGCGAACUUCUUCAAUCUGAAAUAUCCACCGAACUGGGCACCGCAUUGGAUGGUGGAACUGGUGGUCAUCAUGGCGGUGAACAUUCCGGCGAUGAUGACAUUUUCAAACAGCUCUCUGAUUCAUCGGCGUUACUUGAACAAUUUUUCGAUUUUGUCAAUUGUGACAUAAAGGAAGAAAAUAAUAACAAUGUUGUGUCAACGGGUAACAAAAAUCAUGCAGCUGUUGCUUUACUUCAAGAAUUGCAACGUUCAAAUGCUGGAAAGAAGUUUAAUAUAACUACUGCUAAUCCUUUGCUAGCAGAGAAACUUUUAAAUCCUGUAUCUCAGCUUAAUCCGAGUUUAAACCAGAAUUCAGAUAUGUAUAUAAAUCAAAGCAAAUAUAUCAAGACGGAGCCUUCAAUAAACAAUACAGGUAAUGAAAAGGACGAGAACAUCGACUUCCUGGAUCAUCUCAGAAUCCCUAGCAACGGCGGACCGAACCCUACCACGACCGACCAUCUGCCCCCGAGACAACAGUUGUCGUUCGCCUUACCGCACGGAUUUCAUCAUGCCGGCUCUCUACCACCCAGCCCCGCGGACUCCGGCGUAUCCGACGUGGAUAGUAGUAGCAGCGGACACACGUCCACAGAUACAGAGCUCAGGGCUCGGCUCCAACCGCACCAGUAUCACCACCAAGUGUCUUCUUGCGGUCGUCGUACCAGUCCAGAUCCACCGAACAAUGUACAACAAUGCCACCAGCAACAACAACAGCAGCAACAGCAACAACAGCAACAACAUCAACAUCAACAGCAACAACAACAACAACAACAGGACUUGUUUUCCAGAAUUUACGGUGUGAACGCGCCAACAUCGGGAGCGUACCAUCCUGGUCCUGCGCCGUCAUCGCCCAAGCACCCACUCUUCAUGCGAAAUAACCAUCCUUACGGCGGUGUUGCCGGUUACCCCUCGCCCGUCGGCUACGGCUCGACAGUCAGUCCCACUUCCAACGGCCACUUCGCCAUGCCCCCGUGCCCACCCGCGGCCGCCCUCCCCGGCACCGGAACCGUGGUCGGUCGCGGCUCCGUCAUCCAAGCGGCCGCGCCCAAUUGUUAUCAGCCCAACGGCGGCGCCGCAGCGGCAGCCAACCUCAACGACCUGUACUACAUGGACUUCGGCGCCCCCGCCGGAGCCGCGGCCGCGGCCAUGUACCACCAAAAGGUGGUUAACAAGAACAAGAAGCCCAAGAAGUACGGCAACGUGGGCAGACCGGCCACUGUUGGUUCCCCGGGAGCUGUGCAACAGUCAACAUGCCCGGCCACGGGGCCCAAGAGGAAGAGUCGAGAAGGUUCCACGACUUACCUGUGGGAGUUCUUGCUGAAACUGUUGCAGAACUCCGACUAUUGCCCGAGGUUCAUCAAGUGGUUGAACCGCGAAAAAGGUGUUUUCAAACUGGUCGACUCCAAAGCGGUGUCGAAGCUGUGGGGCGAACAUAAAAACAAGCCCGACAUGAACUACGAGACGAUGGGACGUGCUCUCAGAUAUUAUUAUCAGAGAGGAAUCCUGGCAAAAGUGGACGGCCAGAGGCUGGUGUACCAAUUCGUCGACGUUCCUAAGGACAUUAUCGAGAUCGAUUGUUCCGGUGCAUGAGAAGAAAAAUGACGAUAAUAUAACAUACGUUUUAAUAACAAUAUUGUCAUCGUCGUUAAUUUAUAUACUCGUACAUAGAUAUAUGGCGUACGCACAUAAAUGUAUAAAAAUAUGUAUAAGAUAUGUUGUAUGUGUGUGUGUUUGUGUGUGUCUAUGUGUAUUAUUGUGCACAAUUCGAAUUUAAAAUUGAUUGCCGUGUAAAUAUCGCGAAAAACUUGUGUUUCUUUUUUUUUCUACUUUUUUUUUUUUAUUAUUAUUAUUAUAAUUAUUUCGUAAACGUGUGCUGCUGCUGCUGCUGCUGAUGCUGAUACUACCAUGAUAUAAAUUAAGUACUGCCUGCUGCUGCUACAACCGUUGUCGUUCGUGCGUGUGUAUGUGUGUAAAGACUGACAAUAAUUAACCGAGAAGAUAUUAUAUAUUUAAUAACACGAAAAGUAAAAUCGAAGGUAAUAUUAUAUUAUAUACAAUAAUUAUUGUUAGU